AUGCCGCCGAAAGCGAGCCCAACAAGACGGCGCACUAGAGCCUCCAUGCGCGAGGAGCCCGACCACCAGCCGACGCCAACCCACACAGGCUUCCAAAAGCCGAACUUGCCACCGCUUCAGGGAACCCCCAGCUCACGCCGACAGUAUUCUUAUGGCGCCGCCGCAGAACCACAGCCUGCGCGACCCGGUCGUGGUGUCACCCGUGGCCAGCCUCUUGACCUCAAUAAUGCCGUCCGCAGCGCCCUUGACCGUGACGACGAUGAGGAGGCCGAUGAUGUCCGAUCGCCACGGGUGCAGUCACAGAGCGUUGACCCCGACGAGGAUGAGUUGGCCGCUGGCAACGAAGCUUCCUCUACUCUUCCCACACCAAGUCGGGGUCGAGGCCAGCCGCUUUUGCAGUCUCUGCCGGACGCACUUGGCUUGGCCAGUGAAGCCGAUGAUUCGAGAAGCUUCGGCACCGAGAGCGACUUCUACUUGGACGCCACGAUAGCCUCGACUCCAGGUAGCAUGCAGCCGCCACCGCGACUCGCCUUGACGAACGCCUCGUCGACACCCACGCCCCAAAUUCGAGGCUGGAGGAAUCGCCAUCGACUGAAGGACAUUGCCGAGGAGACAUCUCUUCAGCGGGAACCGGAAGCGGAGAAUCAGCCUGCCGCCCGCGUCGUCAAGGCCAACUCCCGUUCACCUCAACGACGGCGCGCUCAGAACCAUGCGCACAAUACCGCAGAAAGCGACGAUGAAGAUCCGCUCAUCAAGCCGAUCAAGCUCCGCCAUGGCCCAAGUACAAGCACAAAGAUCCCUCCUCCCAAACCCAAGCAGGCGCCCGCCCCGGGCAACUUACCACCGCCUCCGCCCGAUCUCGGAACGCAACCUGCUCAAGCACGACAGGAUCAGCCACCCCCGAGCAGCCAGCUCGCUGCCAAGUCCAGACGAGCAAUGGCACGGCCGGACAGCCAUGAAAGGGACAGGGCGGAGCCGGAACCGGCAACCAAUAUUUUUGCCAACAGGCCCCAUCUUCCACCCUGGCAGGCGGAACACAGCACCAGUCCACAACGGACACCCCAACCGCCUCGGCCGCAAGAGUUCGAGGUCGAAGGGUCCUCAAGGCGGCAUCGGUGGUAUUCGCGGAUACCACAUGUUUUCCGCCGGGGUCGCAACGAUAACUACGUGGUCGGAGACGAACCAGCUAUUAACUGGUGGCAAUUGCUCAAUCCUUGGACAUACGCCAGGGCCAUGGUUUGGCUCAUCGACAUCGCCCUCGACACCAUUCUCCCUCCUCGUCUGCGGGAACUCUUUUCGUUGUGCUUGCAAAGCUUGCCCUACGUUAUCGGUGCCGCAACCGCCCUAUUCCUUGGCUUGGCCCUCGCCGCCGCCGCCGUCAACAGCUACAGGGACAGCACCGCCGACGGCCUCUGGGCGCCUGUUGCGGAACGGACUUCUUGGUUCCCAAUUGGCGACAUCGGCACCAAGAUCGGCGGGUACAUGCCGACCAUUUCAUGGUCCAGAAGGGGAGGCGACAAUUUUGACCUCACCGACCUGGAUGGCACCCUCCACGAGAGGUUCGACAGCACCAUCAAGAAGAUGCUCCAAGCGCUCGACUCACUGGCCAAAGCGGGUAGGCUACACGACGGGGCGCUCAAAAAGCUGGAGGCCGUUGUGCCCAAAGUCGUUCACAUGGACCUUGCCGACGGCAAGCCGGCGGUGGCUGCCGAGUUCUGGCACGCCUUGAAGGAGCUGAUCCGUCAAGAUGACGCCUUGUUGACCUUUGAUAAGCUUGGCAGCGAGUACGAUGUCUCGUCGGAGCGAAAGUGGAAGGCCAUUGCCGCCCGUCUCGUCAAAGACCCGACCUUCACCUCCAACCUGAACCUUGCCCUCGGUGAGGCAGAGGUCAGACUUGGAAGCCAGAUAUCUGCCUUUUGGGAUACCUGGGUCAAAGACAACGAGGCAAAGCUCCACCAGGCCAUCGGCUCGGCAGUUGAUGAGCUGAAAGCGGCUGGAUCGCAGCGCGAGUUUGACCAUCGUCUAGGCAAGAUUGUCCAGGAGCAUCUUGCAGAAAGCGAGCGGCGAAGCAACAUUGUCAGCCGCGAAGAGUUCCUGCGGCACGUCAAGAGCGAGGUCGCAAGCCUCCGCUCCGAGAUGAUGGCUGAGAUGACGGAGCUGCGGCCUCAGCUCGAGAAGCUGGUGCGGGAGUCCCUAGACCUGGCCACGGGCGACAUCCCUCCCACCAUGAGCCGCGCCGAGAUUCUGUCUCUCGUCAACGGCCUCGUGCGCAAGGGAAUUGCCGACCUCAACCUCGAGGCCCUUGCCAACGGCAAGAUCCACGCCCACUGGGACUCGGAACUCAAGAACCAGGUAAACUACUUCUCCGUCGGUGCAGGCGCCGUCAUCGAUGCCGUCCACAGCUCCCCUGUCUACGACCCCUUCUCCCAUCCCUUCUACUUUCCCGCGGCGCAGAAAACGGAGGGUUUGCGAGCCCCGCGCGCUCCCAUCGCCGCCCUCCUGCCGUGGCAGGACGAGGGCGACUGCUUCUGCGCCUCCCGCGCGCUCUCCCGCCGCGGCAACCCUUACGGCGCGAGCCUCGCCGUCCAGCUCGCGCACCGCAUCAUCCCGACGCACCUCGUGGUCGAGCACAUCCUCCCCGGUGCGACCACCGACCCGGGCGCGCGCCCGCGCGAAAUCGAGGUCUACGCCGACAUGACCGACCUCGCGCUGCGGGAGAGCGUCGAGAACUUUUCCGCCGCACACUUCCCUCGUUCCGACGCGGAUGACUGGGACUAUACCCCCGCCGCCUUCCCUGACCGCUUCGUCAAGAUCGCGCAGUUCGUGUACGAGGGUGCCGAGCUGCACGACGGCGUGCACGUGGCGCGUUUCAGCAGCGAGCUCCUAGCGAUGGGCGCGGCCACAGACCACAUGAUCGUGCGCGCCGUCAGCAACUACGGUGCGAAGAAUCAGACUUGCUUCUACAGAGUGCGCAUGUACGGUGUCAACUUGGACCUGGAGGAAGCGACUGCGGCCAACAUCGAGGACGAGCACUUGGCCGACUCCGCCGGCUGGCUGUCCGGCUGGCUGUAA